AUGCCCGCUCCGACGCGCCCGCGCGGGCUCGCCGCCGCCGGCAGGGCGGCGCUCGCGCUCCUCGUCCUCCUCGCCGUCGCCGCGCCUCGGUGCCGCGUCGCGCGCGCGCAGCAGCAGUACGAGGCCAACAAGCAACUCAACUGCUACGGCACCAACGACAGCUCCGUGCUUGGCUACACCUGCAACGCCACCGCCGCGGCCCGCCCCUGCGCCUCCUACGUCGUCUUCCGCUCCUCCCCGCCCUACGACUCGCCCGUCACCAUCUCCUACCUCCUCAACGCCACCCCGGCCGCCCUCGCAGGCGCCAACGCCGUGCCCACCGUCUCUCCGGUCGCCGCCUCCCGCCUCGUCCUCGCGCCGCUCAACUGCGGCUGCGCGCCCGGCGGCUACUACCAGCACAACACGUCCUAUACCAUCCAGUUCAGCAACGAGACCUACUUCAUCACCGCCAACAUCACCUACCAGGGCCUCACCACCUGCCAGGCCCUCAUCGCGCAGAACCCCAACCACGAUAGCCGCAAGCUCGUCGUCGGGAACAACCUCACCGUGCCGAUCCGCUGCGCGUGCCCCUCGCCGGCGCAGGCCGCCUCCGGGGUCAGGCACCUGCUCACCUACCUCGUCACGUGGGGCGACGGCAUCGCCGACAUCGCCGCCCGCUUCCGCGUCGACGCCCAGGCGGUGCUCCACGCCAACAACCUCACCGACAGCGAGAACAUAUACCCCUUCACCACUCUGCUCAUCCCGCUCAAGAGCGAGCCCACGCCGGACAUGCUCGUGUCGCCGGCGCCACCGCCAGCACCGGCGCCACCGCAGGCCCAGCAGCCGCCGCCGUCUGGAGGGUCGGGCAGCGGGAAGGGUGUUGCCGUCGGGGUCGGUGUUGGUGUCGGCGUUCUUGCGCUGGCGGGACUUCUUGGCCUGAUGUUCUUAUGUGUCCGGCGGCGGCGGCGACCGCGGCCAGGCGUUGUGGAAGACGGUCAUCCAGGGAAGGGCGUUCUGGACGUGCCCUCGUCUGCCGAUUACGACCCUCUUGCCUCGGGCAAGCAUACGUCCUCGGCUACGACGAACUCCUCGUCAUCGUCGGCGUUUGUGUCCACCGACGCGCGCGCGGCGGUGGAGUCCCUGACUGUGUACAAGUACUCGGAACUCGAGAAGGCGACGGCAGGGUUCUCGGAGGACCGGAGGGUCAAGGACGCGUCCGUGUACCGCGCGGUGAUCAAUGGCGACGCGGCGGCCGUGAAGCGUGUGGCCGGCGAUGUGAGCGGCGAGGUGGGCAUCCUGAAGCGCGUGAACCACUCCAGCCUCGUCCGCCUCUCCGGUCUCUGCGUCCACCACGGCGACACCUACCUCGUCUUCGAGUUCGCGGAGAACGGCGCGCUCAGCAACUGGCUCCACGGCGGCGGCGACACCCUCGUGUGGAAGCAGCGCGUGCAGGCGGCGUUUGACGUCGCCGACGGUCUCAAUUACCUCCACCACUACAGCAACCCGCCGUGCGUGCACAAGAACCUCAAGAGCAGCAACGUCCUCCUCGACGCCGACCUCCGCGCCAAGGUGUCAAGCUUUGCGCUGGCGCGGUCGGUCCCCACGGGCGUUGAUGGCGGCGACGCGCAGCUCACCCGCCACGUCAUUGGCACCCAGGGGUACCUGGCCCCGGAGUACCUGGAGCACGGCCUCAUCACGCCCAAGCUCGACGUUUUCGCCUUCGGCGUCAUCCUCCUCGAGCUGCUGUCCGGGAAGGAGGCGACGUUCGACGGCGGCGCCAAAAGAGGGGAGACGCUGCUGUGGGAGUCCGCGGAGGGGCUGGUCGUCGACGGCGAGGACGCGCGCGGCAAGGUGCGGGCAUUCAUGGACCCGCGGCUGAACGGCGACUACCCGCUGGACCUCGCCGUCGCCGUGGCGUCGCUGGCGGUGCGGUGCGUGGCGAGGGAGCCCCGGGGGCGGCCGUCCAUGGACGAGGUGUUCGUGACGCUGUCGGCGGUGUACAACUCCACGCUGGAUUGGGAUCCCUCGGAUUGCGGCAACUCUCGCUCUUCGAUCGUGGGGAGAUAA